AGCAAAAGAUGCCAAACUGGUAUUACAGCAAGAAGGCCCUUCGGAAGACUCCGUCCUACCUUGAUGGCAUCUCUGUCGAGAAGGAGCAGAGAUACCGGCGGGAGGGCGCGCGGUUCAUCAUCAACGUUGGAACCAAGAUGGGACUGCGCUACGACACCAUGGCCACGGGUGUGGUGUACUUCCAUCGGUUCUACAUGUUUCACUCCUUCAAGACAUUCCCCAGAUUCAUAACGGCUUGUUGCUGCCUCUUCCUGGCGGGCAAGGUGGAGGAGACCCCCAAGAAGUGCAAGGACAUCAUCAAGACGGCACGCUCAUUCCUCACCGACAAGCAGUACCUGUCCUUUGGAGAAGACCCUAAGGAAGAAGUCAUGACCAUGGAGCGAAUUUUGCUGCAGACAAUAAAGUUUGACCUCCAGGUCAGUCAUCCCUACGGGUUUCUUCUCAAGUACGCCAAGUGUCUCAAAGGUGACAAGUCAAAGCUUCAGAAGAUGGUGCAAAUGGCCUGGACAUUCAUCAAUGACAGCCUUUGCACAACGCUGUGCCUUCAGUGGGAGCCCGAGGUGGUUGCCAUCGCUCUCAUCUACCUGGCAGGCAAGCUGUCCAAGUUCGAGGUCAGCGACUGGGUCGGGCGCACCUCGCGGCACCAGCGCUGGUGGGAGGUCUACGUCGAGGACAUCACCGUCGAGCUGCUCGAGGACAUCUGCCACCAGGUGCUAGACCUGUACUCGACGCCCAUCCCCAACACGCCGCAGGACUCUCCGCCGGACUCGCCCGUGCUGCCCGUCAAGUCUGGCAAGCGCUCGCUGCCCGUGAGUGGACCCCGUACACCCCACCCCAUUUUACACCCAGGACCUUCCCCACCAAAGUCUCCUGCGGGGGCGCCACCCAUCCAGCUGCCGGCACCACAGCUUCAGCAGGCACCGCCAGACCUAGUGGCGGCGGCGCCCGUUGCAGUGGCGGUGCCGUCAACGUCAUCCGCACCGCCGCCGCCCACUGCACCCCCCAUGGCAGGUAUGCCCAUCCCCACCAUCGACAGCUGCACCAGCAAGCCCAUGACCGUGGACGUCGGGCAGCCACCCCCAAUGCACCGCGAGCUGCCACCCCCCAUGGGCGACAGUCUGCCACCCCCCGAGGCAGCCUACAGGGGCGGCUACCCGCCGCCGGCACCGAUGCCUCACAACUACAGCAUCCCGCCCCCACCUCCGCCGCUGCCUCCGACGAAUCAUCCGCCGCCCACUCAUCCGCCACCACCUCCGCCCCCCACAGCCCAGCCGCCACCGCCUUACUACCACCACAGACCUGAUCAGCCACCACCGCCCCAUCCGCCCCCAUCGUAUGCGAGUGCUCCUCCCCCACCACCAUACCACCACCCCCCGCCUCCGCCCACCUCCAUGCCUCCGUACACGGGAGCUGGGCCCGUGAUGUCAUAUCCGCCUCCACCUCCACCCGGUGGUUACCUGGCUCCACCUCCGCCAAGGCAACAGAACCCAACGGGGGUGCCGUCAGUCAGGAUUACGCGCAUCACCAACUGAGCACGCUUGUUAGUGCCAAGUGUGGGUCCUUCUCUAUUCUUGCCCCUUUCCCUCUCACUUUUUUUCCCCGGGUUGGAAACACGAAGUGGUAUUAAUCUUUGCUGCCUUGCAGCAACUUUUUUGAAAGAGUACCAUACUUUUGGUGGCAUUCCCGUCUUUUCAGUUGGAUGACUUGAGUUAACUUUCCUGUGGUUUUAUGAGACAAUCCAGUGAGAAGGCAUGCAGGAUUGGUACAGUGAGGGAUGUCACAUUCAAAAUAUGGAACAAUUGGCCCUAAUGUAGGUGACACGGCAGAGGUCUUGCUGGUGCACAGUUUCCGAGCAACUGUGAAGUCUUUGUUUUGUUAUUCGCAUACGUGCAUGUGUCCUUUGUGCAUUCCUUGGGACACAGUGUUGCUUCCAUGUUUGUUCAACCAAAGACUGAUCACAAUAUGCACUUCUUGUAAGCAAAGUUCAGCAGUGUAGACAAAAGUGUGGAAAGCCUAAUGCAUAUAUAUAUAUAUAUAUAUAUAUAUAUAUAUAUAUAUACUUGCACUAUCAGUGGAAUCGCCGUUGCUGUAUCGAUUAGCCAUGUUGAUUUCUCAUGUUACAUUCAAAGAAGUACACUACUCAGCCUUGCUCCCUGUAUACCUAUGAUGUAUAGCUCAGGGUGCUUUGUCAAUGGUUGAGUCAUAUUGCAUUGCAGCUUGCUGUGCAUCACAUCACCACAGCCCUGACAGUAGUACAGAAUGCGCGAAAUGCUCACAUUCUUGUCGCGCAAACGUGCUUUAUGUUGCGCACACCGUUUCGUUAGGCGUUUUUGGGCAUUGGUCAAAUUUGUGCAUUCGCAUCAUGCCGUGCCAAGUGUCGUAAACACUUCAAGUGUGUUGUGUUUGGGUCCACACAUGCUAAACAAAGACUUUGAUUUCUGUGUCUUUUACAACAGUGUUGCCCUUGAGAAAAGCAGCCCAGCUUGAAAGGACGCUGCAUUUUCAGUGAUGGAUGUUAUUGCAGUGGAACUUGAACUGGCAUUGGGACUAUGGAAGUGCGAGUUGAUCCUGCCUUUUUUGUUAAUUUUUCUUGAGUGUGCGCUUAGUGCAGUGUGGAUGGGUCAUUUUGUUGAACUUUGAAAAUAAAUGCGGAAAAAAUCCA